AUCUAAAUCAAACAAACCCUAACCAAAGAGUUGUUAGUGCAUGCUCCAUGCUCUUCAACUGAAAAUUCAUUCUUCCCCCACUUUCUUCUUUAUUUGUUAUUGUUAGUAUGGGAUUGAAGGACGUUGAAUCCACUCUCCCACCAGGGUUUAGGUUUCAUCCAAGUGAUGAGGAGCUGGUUUUCCAUUAUCUUUACAAGAAGGUGGCUAAUGAGAGGGUGCCUGCAGGGAGAACAUUGGUGGAGGUGGACUUGCAUACUCGUGAGCCAUGGGAGCUUCCAGAGGUGGCUAAGCUCACUGCCAAUGAGUGGUACUUCUUCAGCUUUCGAGACCGAAAAUACGCCACUGGAUCAAGAACAAACCGGGCAACAAGGUCUGGUUAUUGGAAAGCCACUGGAAAAGAUCGAAUAAUCCAUGAUCCAGCAACACAUGCCAUAGUUGGGAUGAGAAAGACACUGGUCUUCUACCGUGGAAGAGCUCCAAAUGGAUUGAAGUCUGGUUGGGUGAUGCAUGAGUUCAGAUUGGAGAAUCCUCACACCCCUCCCAAGGAGGAUUGGGUGUUGUGUAGAGUGUUUCACAAGAGGAAAGGAGAGUCAGUAAAUCAUAAAAACUUUGAAAACAGUGAUCAGCAUGGGAAUAUAAUUGACUGCUCUUCCCCACAGAUGGAUGCGUCAUCAGCCCCUCCUCCCCCUCUCAUGGACCAUGCCAUACUUGAUGGCUGUCUUGAUUUAGUUAGCUCAUCAUUCACAAAUGCUGCCAUCCAUCCACAAGGCAUCAGCUCAAACCCCUUUCACAAUUUGGCAGUAUUGCACUGUGACUUGGCUGUUGAUUUCCCUCAUGAGAUAGACACCUCACAGAUGAUGGAGAUGGGUUCAAGAAGUGGGGAUGACUGUAGAUUUUUCUUUGAUGAUACCGGGGCAGAAGAUGAUCAUGAUAUGGGGUGUGUUCCAAGUGUUGCCAAGGAUAAGCCCUUCUUCUUUAGCUAGGUUGUCACUUUGCAUUAAUUAGGGAGAAAACCUAAAAAAAAAUAAAAAUUAAAAGGGGUACAUAUAUUUAUAAAAAAAAAGAAGUAUAUAUAUUUAUAUAAUUCAAGUGUUGAAAUUAAUGUUUUGAUUAGAGCUAUAUAUAUAUAUAUAUAUAAUUAGGUGGCCUUGUAAAAAUGGUAUGGUUGGUGGUAUGGAAACCUCAUGCUAGUAUAUUGUAUACAUCAUCAUAUGUUUGACACAGAACACUUUAAUUAUAAACUAUGCAGCAUGCCUUCGCUUGGUUGUGAAACA